GCUGGGCUGCCCGGCGAAAGGAGGACGGGAGCGCGUAAAGGCGCACGGAGAAGCGGCGCCGGCGGCCUACGCGAUCUCGAGAGGGAGAGGCCGGGGUUUGCCUUGGGCGAAGGCGGCGAAAAUGGCCGAAAACGGAGACAGCGAAAACAUGUCUGACUUGGAAAGGAAGGUGUGCCAGCAGAUUGAGUACUAUUUUGGCGACCACAACUUGCCACGGGACAAGUUUCUCCAGGAGAAGAUAAAGCUGGACGAUGGCUGGGUGACUUUGGAAACAUUAAUCAAAUUCAACAGGUUAAAUCGCCUCACAAAAGACUUUGAUGUAAUAGUGGGUGCGUUGAAAAAAUCAACGACUGAGCUGAUGGAAAUUAGCGAAGACAAAGCUAAAGUCCGAAGAUCUCCAAACAAGCCUUUGCCUGAAGUGACGGAGCAAUAUAAGAACGCGGUUAAAAGCAGAUCUGUGUAUAUUAAAGGUUUUCCACUGGAUGCAACACUUGAUGAUAUCAAGGAAUGGCUAGAUUGUAAAGGCAAAGUUGAAAACAUUCAGAUGCGGAAAACCAUUCAGAAAGCGUUCAAGGGAUCAGUAUUUGCAGUAUUUGACAGUGUCGAAUCUGCCAAGCAGUUCGUUGAAACUCCAAACCAAAAAUACAAGGACACGGAGCUUAUUGUACUGUUCAGGGAUGAUUACUUUGCGAAGAAGAACGACGAGAAAAAACGGAACAGAUUGGAAGCGAAAGCAAAGGCCAAGCAGGAGAAAGAGGAGAAACAGAAGCAAGCGGAAGAUGCUGAAAUGAAAUCUCUGGAGGAGAAGCAAGGGUGCUUGCUGAAGUUCUUUGGAGACCUGGAAGAUCAGACUUGCCGAGAAGAUCUCCAUGCCGUUUUCUCUGGCCAUGGCGAAAUUAAAUGGAUAGACUUUGUCAGAGGUGCCAAAGAGGGAAUCAUCCUGUUCAAGAGCAGCGCAAAAGAUGCGCUGGAUAAAGCCCAGGCGGCAAAUGACGGGAGCCUGGAGCUGCGAGGCAGAGAGGUUACGUGGGAGGUGCUGGAAGGAGACGCAGCUAGAGAAGCGCUAAAGAAAAUCAUGGAGGGGCAGCAAGAACUGUUGAACAAAAAGAAAGGAAAAGGCCGCAAAGGAAAAGGAAAAGGUGGCAAGGGACCUCAAGGGACGCAGGACAGGAAAGUGAAAUUCCAAGGCAAGAAAACGAAGUUUGAGAGUGAAGAUGAAGAAGAGGGUGAAGAUGAAAGUGCAACAGGGGCAGCGAGUCCAAAGAAAAGACCACUCGAAGAGGCUGAGAAGGAAGAGCCUGCCCGCAAACAGCUGAAGACAGAAAAUGGAGCUGGAGAUACAGAAUAGUACUCCAAAAAGCGUUGCAGGGUUUUGUUUUAAAAGAAACAAAUGAUUUGUUUUCAAUCAUUCCUCCGUUCAUCCUGUUUUCUGAAAGAGAAUCUAAUAAAAUCGACUUCGAUGUCCACCUGCAAAAGGGGGAUAGAAGAAAGAGUUACAUUUAAGAUUAUUUCUUUGGGAUUUUUUUUUCUUUUU